CAAACAGUCAAGCAGUAACCAAAUAGUUCAAAAAUGUUCAAGUUCGUAGUUUUGGCCGCCACUUUGGCUUACGCGUCAGCCGGAAUUUUGCCACACUCCGUGGUAGUGCCAGCCGGCGAGGUUGUACACAGGAGCGUCCAAGAGCAAACUAUCGUUGACCCCCCCAAAGUGCAAGUAGCCGUCCAUGCCGCCCCCGUGGUUCACGCAGAGCCUGUCGUCGCCGUCGCUAAGGCUGCUCCCGUGGUUGUCCCAGCUGGUGAGGUAGUCCACAAGAGCGUCCAAGCUUCGUCCAUUGUUCAUCCGUCGCCAGCAGUAGUACAUGCUGCCCCAGUUGUACAUGCUGCGCCUGUCGCCUAUGCUGCUCCGGUAGUCCAUGCCGCGCCGGUGGUCCAUGCUGAACCCGUCGUCGCUGCGUAUUCAGCACCUGUGGUUCACAAAUCCGUUCAAGCUCAAUCUGUUGUUCACGCAGCGCCAGUCGUUCACGCCGCUGCUCCAGUAGUACACGCAGAGCCUGUUGUCGCUGCUUAUUCUGCACCGGUGGUUCACAAGUCCGUUCAAGCUCAGUCUCUUGUCCACUCUGCUGCUGCCGUCCACGCCGCUCCAGUCGUGCAUGCCGCUCAUGGUGCCUUAUGGUAGACUGUGAUUUUAAU